UUCUCAUUCGCCAUUUACAUUUCUUACUCUCUUUACUAUGGACCACUUUGUAAACAGCGUUGAAUCACAAAAGUAUGUCUGCAGACGGCAUGAUAUGCUAACUUCGCUUGUAACUCUCGAGGAAGGAUUCUAUAGGACCCUUGUCCUCUGUCCCUGGUUCGCCUGCAAGAUCCAGUCGUCUGGGUUCAACCGCGCGACCUGGCCCGAUGGUCUGGUUCCUGUUGGGCCGGUUCCUUGUCCCGACAAAGCUACCGGAAAGAUCAAACUUCUGCAUAUUCAUGUCGUGCGACUGAAGGACAACAGCGGCAUGGUUAUUUCGGUCAAUUUCAACCAUGGCGUCGCAGAUGAUGAGACGCGUGCGCUAGUGAACGGUCGUCCUGCAAAGCAGCUUUCAACAAAAUCCCGCGUGGCGGAUUUUAUCCUGUGGCUCUCGCCUAACAAGCGCACAAGGUUGAUCGACGGGCUUCGCAGCCAAGUACUGGAGCAUCUGCCGCAUGGGACACGUCUGUCCACUAACGACGUCAUUUCUGCAGUCUUACACAGAGUCCACGAGCAGUCUGUGAAUGGAGCUGCAGGCGAACAUUGUACUUCAGUCAUCGUUGAUCAUCCGUCGAUGAAUUACAUGGGAAACCCGGUAUUUGGCGAACUUGCACAUCAGCCAAUUACUGCCAAGACUAUCUCUGUGCUUGUGACGACAACUACUAAUACGGUUGCUUCUGCCAAGAUGUAUGCUGCAGACUUUGGCAAUGGGGUGCAGGCGUAUUCGACGACACAUCCUGAACUCAGCAUGGGCGUAUUUGUGAUUCUUCCUUCACCACCUCCAAGCAAUGACAUUCUUGUCAACAUCUGCGAUGCGUCUUCAGUAAUGGACGGUGUCCUGAAGAACGAAUUCUGGAGCGACUUUGCAGAGAUGAUUUACUAAUAGAUAUAUACGCACUGCUUUCUAAUGAUCCUGUGACAUGAAGCUGGUGGCUCUAUGACUUGGUAGGUUUAUAGAUCAGCAGCAAGUGGUCUCAAACCAGACUCGCAGGACUUGGAAAGAAGCAGGUGUCGUGAAGCAAGUAUCCACAGCCCUGAAUUCUGGCCUGGCGGCAUCCACAUGCUGCUGAAGACCAUACCAGUCUACUUUUCCAGUAUCAUCUGCACAACGAGACGUGGUUUAUUUAAUAAAUAUGGCUUUAUCACUAA